AUGCACCAGCAGAGUUUCUGGGAGCAGCUGGCGACCGCUUGUGGGGGCGCUGGCGUGCUGCUGCUCCUCCCAGCUGAAUUCCAGAAGGAGCACGCGCGACGGCUUAAAAUCGAGGAUAGGGCUACACUGUUCACCAGCAUUGCGGCGAGGCAUCCAAACUUGAAAUACGACAUCACGGUCCUCACUGAUCUUUUAUCAUACUAUUACUACAACAAAGUUUUGCCAGAGUGGCAGAUACCUUUAGAGAAUUUGCCUGAAGCAGACAUCGCUACCCGUCGGCAAAGAGGACUGCGGGAACUGGUUCUUUUUGACGUCACUUCGCACUUUGCGUCGGAUGGAGGAGACUCGGCAACGCCUCCGAAUACACCGUCGCUCAAUCCUCUUAUUGAUCCAAGCAUGCUCGAUUACGAAUAUACGGAAGACCAACCCAUGGAUUUUACGCCGUUUUCGUCUGGCCAUGGGCAAGAAUUCAUCCCUCCCAACCCAGAAGCCGUGCAAGAAGGUUUAGGUAUUGCCAGCGAUGUGGAUGAAAGCAUGCAUGAGCUCUCGUGCACGGGAAUCCCGGGAAUUAUUUUAGAUGAACAAGCAACAAUACCACUUUGUAUACUGCUUUCGUCUUCGGUAUCGGAUUUGUCGUUACAAUAUGCUGCCACUUCAUUGUCGAGUCGUUCACGACACCGUACUCAAAAGCAUAGGAAUCAACGAAUAAUUUGUGAUGACGUGCGUGUUUGUCUGAGAGUAGCCGUUAGGUACUUGCGGCGCAAGGUCGCAUCAGAAGACGUGCCAGUACCGAUGGCGGCACGCUUGCCAUUCAUCAUUGGAUUGGUGCAGUCUGCACUCAGUAGGAUCAACCUAUCGAUCGAUGGAUGGCGCGCCCACAAUCGCAGAGAAUACGUUGCUGUCUGCGGACACUUCGUCGACGACAAAGGCCACCCUCGAACACUACUCCUCGGUUUUCCACGACGUCAUGGCGGUCAUACUGGCAACGACCUCGCAGAGCUGGUAAAACCAGUGAUUCUGCAGUACGGCAUCGGCGAGAAGCUCGGCUCCUUCGUCAUGGAUAACGCCGGAGAUAACGCCAAAUGCCUCGAGGCGUUACAGCGUUCCUUACCCUCGAAUUACAUGAUUGAGCGUGCUCUUAAGUGUCGCCCUGCUAUCGAUCUCUACCAGGCGCAAUGGAGGUCUCCAGAUAAAAACGACAGGCACGAGAACGACUUUCUCGCCGAGGCUGACUGGCAGGAGCUUGAGCUUUUCUAUACACUCUUGCAACCGUUCGAACGACUGACGAAGCGACUGCAGGGUCGGGCAGAGAGCGAGGGCAACGAGGGUGGUCAAGGUUCUGUGUGGCAAGUUCUCUAUGCCAUGGACUUUCUGCUCACAAAGCUUGAGAGCGUUAAAGAAGAGAUUGACAUCAUGGACGCGGAUAGCGAGGGUGCUCUUCCUCCCUACUACUCUGCUGGCGUGCUCGCUGCAUGGUCAAAGAUCAACGCGUACUAUGAGCUUACGGACCAGUCUCCAAUCUACCGCAUGGCCAUCGCCCUCCACCCGGCCUACCAAUUCGAAUACUUCAGGGAGAAGUGGUGGAAACGAGAGGAGUGGAUAAAGACAGCAAAAAAGGAGCUCAAUGUAUAUUACGACCGCUUCGCUGCAGCCACGGUGGCCACUGAGCACGUCGACCAAGCAGAGACCUCUCCUUCUUCCUCGCCGACGAGCGAUGAUGAAUUUGACGCCUGGGGCCAUACAACUGAUCGACCACACCGUGGCAAGAGGAGGAAGGUGGAGACUGAGUGGGAGAUAUGGGUAAAGCAGGUGCCCUCGAAGGAUGAGAUGAGCGUUAAGAACCCUCUAGCGUGGUGGGUGGACCGAGGCCACGUGUGGCCUGUUCUCAGCAAGCUUGCUCUUAACAUCUUCAGCACGCCAGCAAUGAGUGCAGAGCCAGAGCGUGUAUUUUCAGACGGUGGUGAACUCAUCACCGACAAGCGCAAUGGCCUCGGUGAUGAUACAGUUGAAGCUGAGAUGAUGCAGAAGAAUUGGAUUGCCUCCAAUAUCUUGCAGAGGAUUGCUACACCGCAAGGUCUCUAUGAAUUACCCGAUUAG